AUUAACAUAACGUCUUUCCAAAGAUUCAUAAGAGCUCGAACCCGAAAAAUCCCAGCUGAAUCUCUUCUCUUUGCCGACAUCUCUCACCUUACCUACUGUUUUCUUCAGUGGCUCUGAAAACCCAGAAAAUCUCUGUUUUUUUUGGCUGCUGUUGAAGUUAAAUGCAUAAAUUACCUAAAAUCUUGUUUGUUUUCAUGUUAUCAGCUAUGAAAACGAAAACCCAUGGUUGGUAAUUUACUGAAAAUUUCUUUCUAGGAAAUGUAGAAGAGAAAGUUGAAUCCUUUUGCAGUCUCAGAUGAUGGUGGCGGCUGCAUUUUCUCGUCCUCAAACUCCUUCAAAGCUCAUAGAAUCAAAUACUGAUCAUGAAGAAAACCCGAAUUCGACUACAAUUAAAGGGUCUGCUCUUAAAGACAAUGGUUCCAUUGUUAAAAAGAAACCCAGAGGUAGACAGGUUCCUUCGCGGUAUUUGUCGCCAUCUCCAUCGCAUUCUUCAGCAGCGGAAACAACAACUGCAGCCAAGAUGACGGCGAGGUUCCCUUCACCUCUUAUUUCUCGUUCCUCUAAUACGACGGCGACGAACAAAACGACGACGAUAUUUCCUUCUCCACUUCCUAAACGGUCUCAAUCCGUUGACCGGAGGCGGCCCGGCUGUCAAGUGUCGCAAGGAAACAAUGUUGAUUCCACGGAAUUGUCAGCUGCCACCAAGAUGUUAAUCACUUCAACGAGGAGCUUAUCCGUUUCGUUUCAAGGUGAGGCCUUUUCGCUUCCGGUUAGUAAGACGAAGUCCCAAGUGGGUUCUACUUUGACUAGGAAAGCAACUCCCGAGAGGCAUAGAGCUACUCCCGGAAGAGAUAGAGAUCAUGGGGUGAGCUCGAAACCCGCGGAUCAGCACCGCUGGCCUGCGAGAACCCGGCAGUCGAAUUCGGGUUCGAAUCCGAUGUCUAGGAGUUUGGAUUAUUUUGGUGAAAGGAACUUGCUUGGUGGAUCUGGUGCAAUGCUGGUUAAGUCAUUGAUGCUUGAUGAGAGUAGUAGGAGGAUAUCUUUUGAUGCAAAUUGUGUAAAUGAGACUUCUUGUGCCUCUUGUGAUCUAUUUGCAUCCGAUACAGAGAGCGUGUCGUCCGGGAGCACGAAUUCCGGAAUGCAGGAAUGUGGAGGAAAUGGGAUUCCUGAAGGGAGGAGUGGUUCCCGUAGUGUUCUUUCGUCGGCGAGGUUUUGGCAGGAAACUAAUAGCCGAUUAAGACGGCUGCAGGAUCCAGGUUCACCUUUGUCAAUGAACCCCGGGCCUAGAGUUGCUGCAAUGUCCUCUCCGAGGACAAUGACUUCUCCUAUUAGGAGAGGUACAAGGCCUGCUUCUCCUAGUAAGCUUUGGACAUCUUCGGCUUCCUCUCCUUUGAGGGGGCUAAGUCCAGCUCGGGUGAGAAGCGCGGUUGGGGGUCAGAUGAUUGGUAGUUCUGUUAAUAACCCUUCGAUUCUUAGCUUUUCUGUUGAUAUUCGUAGAGGAAAAGUGGGGGAGGAUCGAAUCGUUGACGCACACACGUUGAGGCUUCUUUAUAACCAUUACUUGCAAUGGAGAUUUGCAAAUGCAAGGGCUGAGGCGGUUUUCAUGGUGCAGGAACUCCAUGCCGAGCAGAAAGAUCUGUGGAAUGCAUGGGUAAGGACAUCAGAAUUGCAGUAUUCCGUCACUCUCAAGAGAAUUAAGUUGCUAUUACUGAGGCAAAAAUUGAAAUUGACUUCCAUCCUGAAGGGACAAAUAUCUCGUUUAGAAGCAUGGGACCUCCUCGACGGAGACCACACCAGUUCUUUGCUAGGAGCAACUGAAGCUUUAAGGGCCAGUACUCUUCGUCUUCCGAUUGUUGGAAAAGCAGUAGUAGAUAUCCAGAACCUGAAGGAUGCUGUCAGCUCAGCAGUGGAUGUGAUGCACGCAAUGGCAUCCUCAAUAUGCUCACUAUCAUCAAAGGUGAAGGAGAUGAAUUCUUUGGUUACCGAGCUUGCGAGUGUAGCCGGAAACGAAAGGGUUCUGCUCGAAGAAUGUAAUGAUCGUCUAUCCCUGUUAACUGCCAUUCAGGUUAACGAAUGUAGGGUGAGGUCGCAUAUACUACAACUAAGCCGUUUACCCACCACCGGCUGCCGGACAAUACGCAUCUAGAACUGAUCUUUAUUCGACUACUCACCCUUAAUGCUAACAAACAUUACCACCCAUGUUCAUGUUUUCCCAAUGGGUGGAGGCGGUGCUGAACAAAUUACAAUGAGAUCGAACGUAUUCGGCUUCUCGUUUUAGCAAGCCUUUUGCAUCCAGUUAUUGUCAUCUAUGAUCACACAUGUAAUUCUUUAUAUCUGAAGAUAAAGAAAGCAUUUUUUAUAUGUAUAUGCAAGUGUAAGUUCAUCUGAUAACCAAAUUAUCAUUGUAUUU